CACCACGCCCCUCUCACACAUCAUGCCGGGCCUCAAGCGCACUCGCGAGAGCGCCGACGCGGCCGCCUCGUCAAAACCACGCACCAAGGACGAGAGCAAGCGGCCGCGCAAGGACGCCGCCGCCGCCUCGUCCUCCAAGGUCGCCGCCGUGCUGCCGCCGGCCGUCGAGGCCGACUUUCCGCGCGGCGGCGGCUCCGGCCUCACGCCGCUCGAGCACGCCCAGGCGCUGCGCGAGGGCCGCGCCGAGCGUGCCUCGGCGGCGGCGGGCAAGGAUCUCUUCACCGACGGCGCAGCGCGCAAGAAGGGCAAGGGUGCUGCCGCCGGCGCCUCGGGCGGCGACGAUGUGGCGGCGCAGAAGGAGAAGAAGCGCAAGGACUGGCGCGAGAUGAAGAAUGCCAAGAAGAAGAAGACGGCGAUGGGCGUGGAGCGUGCUGGCCAGGGCGAGCUCGACCACACGCGCGUCGAGCACCUCAACUACAAGCGCCUGGCGCCCGGCUCGCGCCUGCUCUGCUCCGUCCUCGCCGUGCACCCGCUUGCGCUCGUGCUGAGCCUGCCGAACCAGCUACUGGGCCACGUGCCGCUCACGAGCAUCUCGUCGGUGCUGACGGAGCGGUUAGACGCCGCUGCCAACGCCAGCGACUCGGAGUCCGAGGCCGAGUCGUCGGACGACGAGGACGAGGAGAUGAAGACGGCUGGCGACGUGCCGGAGCUGCGGGAUCUGUACAAGGUGGGCGACUGGGUGCGUGCCUCCGUCGUCAGCGUCAAGAACGCCGGCAACAAGGGCCUGGGCCGCGAGGGCCAGGAGUACGUGCGCGAGGCCGGGCGCGUGGAGCUCUCGCUGGACCCGGCACUGCUCAACGAGGGCAUCGAGUCCGCCGACCUCAUCCCUGGCGCCGUGCUGCCCGUCACUGUCAAGAGCCGCGAGGACCACGGCUGGACACUCGACGCGGGCAUCGGCAUCUCUGGCUUUGCGCCGCUCGAUGCCGCGCCCAGCGACGUGCAGGUCGGCGCCGUGCUGCCGGCUGCAGUCACGGCGCACGUCUCUGGCUCGCGGGCAUUCACUGCCUCGCUGCAGCCGGCUGCUGUGCUCUCGGCGCGGCUCGGCCCGACGCACGCGCCGACGCUGAAUGGCCUGCUGCCCGGCACCUACGUUACGGCGCUCAUCACCAACGCCAGCGCCUCGGGCCUCUCGGCAAAGCUGUGGGGCUUCUUCGAUGCCUCCAUUGACCCGACUCACCUGCCGCUGCCGCACGGCAAGACGGCAGCGGACGUGUACAAGGAGGGCCAGAAGGUCAAGGCACGCGUGCUCUGGGACCUCGGGCCGCACGCUGCUGGCGCCGACCCGCUCGAGGUCACUGCCGAGAAGCAAGGCGGCCGGAAGCUGGCGCUCAGCGCAGCUCCACACGCGCUGAAGCUCUCGCCGCCGCCGGGCCUGUCGCACUAUCCCAUCGGCACCAAGCUCUCUGUGCGCGUGGUGCGCGCCGACAAGGACUGGGGCCUGGCCUGCGAGAUCGAGGACGCAGACGACGAGGUGUCGCCGCAGGUCUUCUGUCACAUCAGCCACGUCGCAGACGAGCACAUCGUCGCGCUCUCUGCGUCGUCUGGCACGUGGAAGGAGGGCUCGGUCCACCCAGCGCGUGUGACUGGCCACGCACCGACGGACGGGCGCGUGCUCGUCUCGCUGCAGCCCAGCGUGCUGAAACGGGCCUUCAUGCGCGUCUCCGAGGUGCAGGUCGGCAGCAUCGUCCGUGGCACUGUCGCACGCCUGGGCCCGAACGGCAACGCGAUCUUCCUCGACCUGGGCGGCAGCGUGCACGGCGUUGUGUUCCCGCUGCACUUUGCCGACGUGCCGCUGCGCAAGCCCGAGAAGAAGUACAAGGUCGGCGCCACCGUCAAGGCGCGCGUGCUGGCCGUCGACCCGCUGAAGAACCGCAUCAGCUGCACGCUCAAGAAGAGCCUCGUCGGCUCUGACCUGCCGAUCGUCGCAGCGCUGCAGGAUGCGCGUCCCGGCGUCGUCACGCAGGGCACUGUGAGCCGCUUCAUCGAGCCGACGCCCGGCAAGCCCAACGCCCUGCUCGUCGAUCUCUUUGGCGGCCUGCGCGCCCUGGUGCCGGCAGUCGAGGCGACCGAGGCUGCACCCGGCGCACAGCCGCUGCAGCUGAGGUCUGCGUACUUCGAGGGCAAGGUGGUGCGUGUGCGCCUCACGCACGUCGACUAUGCCUCGGCUCGCAUCACGGCAUCCAUCCGGCAAGCGGCACCCUCGUACCUUGCCCGUCUGGACGUCGACGCUGUGACGCUGGGCCAGAAAGUGGACGCACGCACAGCUGCUGUGCACGCCGAUGUCGUCGUGCUGGAGCUGCUGCCAUCGCGCGCCCGCGCCCUUCUCAGCCUCGCGGCGCUCGCCGAGGAGCGCGGCAAGAGCGUCGAGGAGGUGCGCGCCGAGCUGGAGGAAGGCGAGGUCCUCACCGGCCUGACGGUCAUCGACAAGAACAAGGACAAGGGUCUGGUGAUUCUCGGCAACUCCAGUGCCCAGCCGCGGUCAAACAAGGCCGCCGAGCUGCAGCCUGGACACCUCGCCGCCGGCAAGGUCAUUGAGAGCGGACGCGAGCCCAACGCAGUCACGGUGCUGCUGCCGGGCGGCGUGCGCGCACGACUGCACGCGACGGACUGCGCAGACGAGUUCUCCGAGGAGCCCCUUCCGCCAGUCGAGAAGGACAAGGACAGCAAGCCGCUCGAUGUGGUCGUUCUUUCCAUCCGCGGCACGACGAAGAAGCGCGCCGUCGUCAGCACGCGCCCGUCUGUGCUGGCUGCCGCUCGCGGCGAGACCGCGGCAGCUCCUCGCGACGCAGUCGUCGAGUCCGCCGCCGAUCUGCAACCGAAGGAGAAGCGGCGCGGCUAUGUCAAGGCCAUUGCCGACUCGGGCCUGUUCGUCGACCUCGGCCGCGGCGUUACUGCGCGCGUCAUGAUCGCCGAGCUUUUCGACAGCUACGUCAAGGACUGGAAGCCGCGCUUCCGCGUCGGACAGCUCGUCGAGGGCACCGUGAUGAGCGUUCUGGCGGCGCAGAGCAAGGUCGAGUUCUCGCUCCGCUCGGAGCCUGGCGUGUCCAGCAAGGACCGCAAGGGCUCAGCAGCGAAGAAGGCCGAGGCCGGCGAGCAGGCAGCAAAGGGCGGCGCUGUGCGGCUGCGCGAUCUGCAGAAGGGCCAGAAGGUCAAGGGCUUCGUCCGCGCCAUCACGGACUUUGGCGUGUUCGUCCAGAUCGAGGGCUCGGAUGUCAGCGGCCUCGCGCACAAGAGCCAGCUCUCGGACAACAAGUCUGCGGACGCGCUCAAGGCGUUUGCGAUUGGCGACCGUGUGCGCGCCAUCGUGCUCGAGGUCAACAGCGAGAAGAAGCGUCUGGGCCUCGGCUUGAAGCCCAGCUACUUUGACGCCGAGGACUUUGCAGACUCGGACGCGGAGAUGGCAGACGGCGACGCCAGCGAGGCGGAAGACGGAGCUGACAGCAACGAGGAGGAGGCCGAGAGCGGCGAGGACUUCGACGGUCAGGUCGAUGACAGCGACGAUGAGGGCAGCGACGCGAGCCUCGACGACGACGACUUUGAGGGCGCAGACGAGUCGCUCGCUCGGCUGCUCGCGGCCGACGCGCCCUUCGAGGAGGAGUCGGACGUUGAGUCGGACGAUGACGAGGAGUCUAAGGAGGCAGCCGGCGAGGCUGCCUCCGACGCGGACUCGGCCGCAGAGGACGAGUCCGAGGACGAGGCGCCGCGGACCGUCGCACCGGCUCUCGAGCUCUCGGGCGGCUUCAGCUGGUCCGCACCCGAUGCAGUCGAGGCAGCCGACGCAGGCGCCAGCGGCUCUGACUCCGAGUCCGAUGACGACGAGGCGGCGGAGGCCAGCGCCAGCAAGUCCAAGAAGCGCAAGGCCAAGGCCGCCGCCGCGCCGCAGCAAGACAUGACGGCAGACCUGGCAACCAAGGCGCCCGAGUCGACGGCCGACUUUGAGCGGCUGCUGCUCGGCUCGCCGCACUCGUCGUAUCUCUGGAUCCAGUUCAUGUCCUUCCAGCUGCAGCUCUCGGACAUUGACAAGGCGCGCGAGGUGGCGCGCCGAGCGCUCAAGGUCAUCUCCUUCCGCGAGGAGCAGGAGCGCAUGAACGUGUGGAUCGCGCUGCUCAACCUCGAAAACGCCUACGGCACGGCCGAGACGCUCGACACCGUCUUCAAGCAGGCCGCGCAGGCCAACGACUCCAAGACGGUGCACCUGCGCCUGCUGGCCAUCCUCGAGAAGGCGGACAAGCUCGACGCCGCCGAGGAGCUGUGGCGCAAGACGGCCAAGAAGUUUGGCUACUCGUCCAAGGUCUGGGUCGGCUGGGUGCAGUUCUACCUGCGCCACGACCGCGCCGAGGACGCGCGCAAGCUCGUGCCGCGCAGCAUGCAGAGCCUCGAGAAGCGCAAGCACGUCAAGACGGUGCUUGCCAUUGCGCUCUCCGAGUACAAGCUCGGCGACACGGAGCGUGCGCGCACCGUGUUCGAGGGCCUCGUCGACAGCCACCCGAAGCGCCUCGACAUCUGGCUGCAGUACGUCGACCAGGAGGCGCGCCUCGGCGAGGUGGCCAACGUGCGGAAUAUCUUCGAGCGCAUCCUCGCGCUGCGGCAGAGCAGCAAGAAGGCCAAGUCGGUGCUGCGCCGCUGGCUGCUCUUCGAGCAGAAGCACGGCAGCGCCGAGGGCGAGCAGAGCGUGCUGGCGCGUGCGCGGGCGUGGGCCGAGCAGAUGCAGACGCGCCAGCAGGGCGGCGAGGAGCAGGAGGGAGCAUGAGACGUGGGCAUCCAACACAGAGCAUUCACAGCCACUGCCCA